AUGCGUAGACUAGGACAGCCAGGUGAUAUGGAGGAGGAGUCAUGCAGCGAGGAUGAUGGGAGUGUCGGUUUGGUUGAAGGGAUUGGUGAAGUGGAUGAGGAGGGACGGGAUGAUCGUGAUGCCGUGACAUAUGACUUGCCCACUCAAACGGACAAUUCGGGGGCGACACAGAUAGACAUCACCCAAGAGAGUCAGGCGGGACGAGUGUCGGAUACUUCGGUGGCCGAGCGGGUGGAAGGGUUGAGGACGGCGGAGGACAUGGUUGCAGGGCGUAUACGGCGGAUGCAGGGAUUACUCCUGCAGCGUGAUGUGGCAAGACAGGCAGGAGAGGAACGUGCAACAAAUGAAGCAGGGGAUGGCAAGGCAGCAGGGGAUGGCCUGGCAGCAGGGGAGCGGCGGACAGGCAGGGUUGGGAGGGCGGCAGCGGACGGGAGGGCAGCAGGGGUUGGGAGGGCAGCAGGGGAUGGCAAGGCAGCAUGGGAUGACAGGGCAGCAGGGGAGCAGCGGACAGGCAGGGUUAGGAGGGCAGCAGGGGUUGGGAGGGCAGCAGAGGAUGGGAGGGCAGCAGGGGUUGGGAGGGCAGCAGGGGAUGGCAAGGCAGCAUGGGAUGACAGGGCAGCAGGGGAGCAGCGGACAGGCAGGGUUAGGAGGGCAGCAGGGGUUGGGACGGCAGCAGAGGAUGGGAGGGCAGCAGGGGUUGGGAGGGCAGCAGGGGUUGGGAGGGCAGCAGGGGAUGGCAAGGAGGCAUGGGAUGACAGGGCAGCAUGGGAUGACAGGGCAGCAUGGGUUGGGAAGGCAGCAGGGGUUGGGAGGGCAGCAGGGGUUGGGAGGGCAGCAGGGGAUGACAGGGAGGCAUGGGAUGACAGGGCAGCAUGGGAUGACAGGGGAGCAGGGGUUGGGAAGGCAGCAGGGGUUGGGAGGGCAGCAGGGGUUGGGAGGGCAGCAGGGGUUGGGAGGGCAGCAGGGGUUGGGAGCGCAGCAGGGGUUGGGAGGGCAGCAGGGGUUGGGAGGGCAGCAGGGGUUGGGAGGGCAGCAGGGGUUGGGAGGGCAGCAGGGGAUGGCAAGGAGGCAUGGGAUGACAGGGCAGCAUGGGAUGACAGGGGAGCAGGGGUUGGGAGGGCAGCAGGUGUUGGGAGGGCAGCAGGGGAUGGCAAGGAGGCAUGGGAUGACAGGGCAGCAUGGGAUGACAGGGGAGCAGGGGUUGGGAAGGCAGCAGGGGUUGGGAGGGCAGCAGGGGUUGGGAGGGCAGCAGGGGUUGGGAGGGCAGCAGGGGUUGGGAGGGCAGCAGGGGUUGGGAGGGCAGCAGGGGAUGACAGGGGAGCAGGGGUUGGGAGGGCAGCAGGGGUUGGGAGGGCGGCAGGGGUUGGGAGGGCAGCAUGGGAUGGGAGGGCAGCAGGAUACGAGAGGCCAAUUUGGGUCCCAGGAUGCGUUACAAGGGCAAUUUGGGUACGUCCAAGCCCUUAA